UACCGGAACAAGUAGUAUUUUGACAGCCUUGUGACAGUCCAUGUUGUCUGAAUGAAAGAUUGUGUUGCUCAGCUGUAUGUGUUGUUAGAUUCGGCUUCUUGUUAAAGUCUCAGUGUGUUGAUGAGUUCAGCUGAUAAAAGAUGUUUUGGGUUUCGGAAAUCCAGCGAGGAAGUGUCGGGCUUCUCCGCUGCUUGUCCGCUGUGACAGUCAGCCACAUGACUCCCAUAACACGCCGCUGCCCUCUGUACACUUCAAGGUGUUUCUCCAUCUCUAGCCCUUCAAAGUGUCCGACACAUGAAGAGUUGACCCCGCCCCCUCUGAAGCAGUGGGCUCUACAUGUGAGCCCCUUCUGCUCGAUACGGGCCCGGCUCGGCUGCGGCAUCUCAGUCCGCCCGCUGGACCCGCACAGCUUCCCCGAGGCUGACCGAGUCUUCAUCACUGUUCACGGGACAGUCACCCAGGAGGAGACGGUCGGUCUGGAUCACCUGCACGUCCGCUAUGAUGAGCAGAGCCAAGAGCUGCUCAUAUCAGCAGAGAAGGUUCACAGCGGGGUGUCCAUUGAAGUGGCUGCACCUAUCAAAAGCAAUGUUUUGAUCACUGCUCAAGGACAAGGCAACGUGCAAGUGAGGAAAAUGGAGUGUGAUGUAUGCAAGGUUCACACAGAGAAGGGCAACUGUUUGCUGCACUCAAUCCGGGGUCACCGUGUUGAGGUCAGGUCUCAGGGAGGACACGUUACAGGCGCAGGCACCAUCCAUGGGAAUGUGGACAUCAGCACAUGUGGAGACGGUGCAGUGGAUGUUAAGAAGCUCCAGGGCACCACAAUGAAAGUUUCAACAGAGAGCGGCUCUUUGAAGGUCAAAGCCAUCUACGCUGAGUCCAGCUGUGUGUCGUCGAGCUCUGGGAGAGUAGAACUGGGACACGUACACGGUUAUGCCACUGUGAAGAAUGAGUCUGGAGAUACAGUGAUUGAUGGUUCAAAUUCUUCCCUGAAGGUUUCCUCACACAGCGGAGGAAUUGAUGUCUAUGUGGGAGACGGUGGCAGUGCUGAACUCCACAGUCAGGAAGGCGCUGUGUGUGUUCGCGUCCCCUCCUCCCUGAAAGCAGGGGUGGAGCUCUGCGGGGCGUCGGUGGCCAUCGGCCCAGAAGUUGUUCUGCACGGAGUACAAAACAACACGACUGACGACCAAACCAUAGUCACGGGCUACAUAAACACAGAGUCUCCAGUGCAGCAGUGGGUUAAAGCGCAGGCAGACAAAGGCUCCAUCACGCUGAAGACACAGAGCUGGUUUGAGUCCCUGAAGCUCAGGAGCUGAAAAACAUCACUUUGUAAUGCUCAUAAGAAGUGGAUGAACUUUAACCUCACCGCAGUAUGUUAAACUCAAUGAUCAGAGUACUUCUACUACUUCUACUACACUGUGGGGAAAUUGUCUCACACUAUUUGACACAUUUUAUUUAUGUGUUAAAACCCCUUUACACCCUCUGAGUCUGGAAAGUGUUGAACUGCAGUGUGUCAUUGCAGACCGUUGAGCUUGCACUAAACUGUCAGUGGUUUUUGAAUGGUAAUUAUAAACUCUUUUUUUUUGUGUUAUUGUGAGAUGAGAUAUUGCCAGAGACUGUUUGACUUUGUGUAAAUAUUAUAAACACGUGUUGAAAGUCUCUUUUCUAGAAGCUA